UUCACAAAUUAGUAAUAACUGAAUUUAGAUUUUAGUGGUCAGUAGACACUAGACAGUACAUGCUUUGGCCUUCAUUUUAUGUUCUUGAACGUAAUCUGCAAUAACUAAUGCCAAGUAAUUUUCCAUGGCCUUUGAAUUCGUUCAUAAUAAUGAUUUUGAAUUACUUAACUAGUUGUUAAAAUUUUUUUGAUUGUGUCAGUACUCACCACUCUGAUAGAUGUAAGUCAUGUCUAAAACUGCUCUAAUAAGCGUCAGGAGAUUGAUUGACACGAAUGUGUGUACAAAACACAGGAAAUUGAAGUCGGCUGCUAUAGUUAAUGGAAAAUCAAUUCACUGUAUAGCCAGUAGGCUUGUUAAGUUGCCUAAAAUAACUAGGUGUAUUAGUGUAAAUCAAACACGUACAUUCAUUGGUUUAUUUUCAUCAAGUAAUGGAGGAAGUAAUAGAAGAAUUUAUAGAGAUCGAAAACUAAUUGGAUAUUCUCCGGAACAAAUGUUUGAUGUUAUCCAAGAUACAGAAAAUUACAAGAAAUUUUUACCAUUCUGUCGACAAUCUUCAGUCAAAGUGCGAGAAGAUAAUUAUGUAAAAACAUUUUUGGAAAUAGGCUUCCCUCCAAUUAUUGAAAAUUAUGUAUCACAUGUCACUUUUAAAAGACCUCAUAUGAUAAAGGCGGAGUGUCGUGACGGUAAUCUGUUUAAACAUUUAAUCACUCAAUGGAACUGUAAUCCUGGGCUAAAUAAUAAGCCUAAUACCUGUAUUAUUAACUUUUUUGUUUCCUACGAGUUCAAGUCGCAUAUACACUCCAAGUUAGCUAAUAUGUUCUUUAAUGAGCUUGUCAAGCAAAUGGAACAAGCAUUUUUUGAUGAAGCUGCUCGACGCUAUGGGCAACCAUCCAUCAAAGCCCAGCCACUUAAACUGUUACCAUUUACUGAAGAUUAAACAUUAAUGUUCUUUUUAGAGUACAGGUACCUAUAUAAAGUACUCUAUAUAAGUAUUUUUAAAUAAUUAAAAAAAAAAAUAUAUUGUUAUUUAAUAAUUAUACAGAAUUGUUAUGUAGUAGAAUUUGUUGCAAAUAUUGUUCGAUUUUAUGAGUAUUGACUAAGAUAUAUUAGGUAUACAAUUUAAACUAUUUUUAGACUAAGUUUUCUGUUAAAAUAGGUAUAAUACUAGUCACUGAAUAAUAAACAAAAGCUACCAAUUAAUACAUUUAAAAUUAUUAUA